CCCGAGGAUUGGGAGCAUGCAUCAAUGACGGUAAAUCAAGGGGAAACUAGAUCUGUAUAUUUAUUCGUGUCUUCUUAUGAGGACGAUGAGCACGCUAAUGCAGUCUAUGAAGUGAAAUUCAAACACGGAGGAGAAGUCACUCAUGAAUCCCCAGUAGUUAGACAUGUUGCCAAGUUUCACAAGGGUUCUUGCCAUGAUGCUGCACGGAUUCUCAACCACUCCAAAUUAUAUUGCAUUGGACAAGAUGGUGGAUUUAUUGUUGACACGGAGAGUUGGUCAAAAUGUUCAUCUAUUCCUCCUAUUCCAGCCUCUAAAGCACUAGAAACUAUUGUGUGUGCGUAUGGCAAGGUUUAUUAUCUCGCAUGUCCAUCAACCUUCUCACCAAUUACGGGGCCGUCCUUUGGGAGAUAUGAUCAUGAUCAGAAGACUUGGAAGGAAAUGACUCCUUUUCCAUUUUAUGAUGAUUAUGACUACAGUAUGCAAAUAACUGGUUAUGCCGUUUGUUAUGGUGCUAUUUUGUUUUCAUUGUCUGGCUUGAGGAAAGGGAAAUUCGGUGUCGUUGCUUUUCACGUGGGUAGGAAGGAUUGGAAUCGAGUGAAAAUUGACACUUCUGCGUAUUAUGCUCCUCCCUUCCAAGGGAGGGCCGUGGUUGUAGACGAGACUAUCUAUGCCUUAUAUGGGGAGUCAAAGAUUAUAGCAUUCUCCUUUACUAUGGACAAAGAUGAUGAUAAUGGUAUUCAUUAUUCCCUAAGACAACUUUUUAUAUUGCAAGGCCUUGAGUUCGAGCGUCCGGUGCUGCCAUGGUUUAACGAUAGGUCACAGUAUUUGGUUCAUUUGGGGAACCAUGACUUUUUCCAUGUCCAGACUGGCUGGUGCGAUGGAUAUCUCAAGGUUCAAUAUCUUAGUAUCACCACGUUUCAAAUUGUUGUUGGAGAAGGAGGAAGACAUAUGAUCAAGACCAUAUAUUCAACCCUUCAUUCUGUGGAUAUCAAGGGCUCUGAAUGGUUUGAUCUUGUUUUCUGCUUCACACUUGAAUGCGAGGUUGAUGAACCCUUUGGAUUAGAAUGAAUCAGCCAAAACAAGAAGAAAUAACUGCCAUGAAGCUGGAAAUAGAAGCCCUGCAGCAUGAAGAAGCCAAUGAUGCGCGAAUCGAAUAUUAAGAAUUGUGAAAUAUGAAAAUUCAAAACCCUUGGAUAGCCACCACCUAGAAUAAAAAUCUCCUUAUAACUUGGUUUAGGUCAUUUUAAUUUGUCUUUGUUGACUUCCGCUUAUUUUAAUUAUAUAUUUAUGAUAAUUUUGUCUUGAUUCUUCCAAAAGUAAGAUGGAAACUGUGGU